UCUAAGGGUUUAACAGUUGAAUUUGUGCUGUAAAUAAUGAACAUUAAAAACGUCGAGUAAAUAAAUAGUGCUAAACGUGGUAAAAAUAUGACAUCAAAAACUCUAAUGGUCAUCAUACUCUUUGUGAUAAAUUUUCGUAUGUGCUGUACAAAACAGUACGAUAAAUACACACUAUUCAGUGUGAAACCAACAACAAAAGAACAGUUACAAUUUUUGCAAAACUGUGCAUUGCAGAAAUACUUUGAUGUUAAAUUUUGGAAUAAACCUCACAAGCUUAAUAAUGAAGUGCAGAUGAUGCUAGAUACAAAUGAAAUAGAACUGUUUUCGUAUAGAGCUCAAAAUCUUAGUUUAAAACCCACCAUUAUAACUGAUAACGUACAGAAAAUAUUCGAUAGACAGACGAUAAGCAAAUACCUAGGUUUUCGGAGAAAUGACACAUUUGAUUGGAAAUCGUUUUACGCACUUGAAGAUAUAUACACCUGGUUAAAAGACCUUUCUACAAAAUAUGAAAAACAAGUCGUACUUGAAUCAAUUGGAAAAUCAAAUGAAGGCCGAGAUAUUUAUUCUCUAGCUGUACGAAAAGUACAAGGAGAUAAAGAGAUUGUUAUAGUGGAAGGUGGAGCUCAUGGUAAUGAAUGGAUUUCUGUAGCAUUUGUAACUUACUUAAUACAUCAAUUACUUGAAUCGGACAAUCACGAAGAUGUUAAAUUAAAACGAAUAGCUGGACGAUAUCAUUGGUACCUGAUACCAGUGUUAAAUCCUGAUGGCUAUGAAUAUAAUCAGAAAACGGAUCGAAUGUGGAGGAAAAAUAGAAGACAAAUUCGGGGCAAAUAUGUCGGCGUUGAUCUAAAUAGGAAUUUCGAAUAUAGGUUUGGAAAGUUCGACACCUCUACGGAUGCAAACGACUAC